AUGGCUUUAGUAAAUCAAGGAAAUAUAUCAGAAUUCUUCAUCCAAGGAUUCUCAGAUAAUAUUGAGUUGCGGCUGUCUCUUUUCAUUGUGUUCCUCAGCAUCUAUCUUUUCAUUCUCCUUGGAAAUCUUAUUGUCAUUUUAGUGAUUUCUGUAAAUUCUCACUUACACACUCCCAUGUACUUAUUUUUGCUGAAUCUUUCAAUCAAUGAUAUCAGUUCCACUACAAAUAUUUUACCUAAUUUAUUACACAUCCUUUUCACACAACAAAAGAAUAUUACCUUUUUAGGGUGUAUGACUCAGCUAUAUAUUUUCAUGUUCUUGGUUAGUGAUGAAUACAUUUUGCUGGCUAUUAUGGCAUAUGAUCGCUAUGUUGCCAUUUGUGAUCCUCUUCAUUACAUUGAGCGGAUGACCCAGAAACACUGCACUCAGUUGAUAACUGCAUCAUUGGCUGUUAGUCUUUUGGAUCCUAUUCCACAUACUGUUUUUAUAUCUGAAUUAUCAUAUUGUUCUUCCCAUGUCAUUGACUAUAUCUUCUGUGAUGUUGUACCACUUCAAAAACUUUCAUGCAGUGACACCUUCAAUGUGGAGCUUUUAACUUAUAUUGAAGGGACACUGGUGGUUUUCAAUUGCUUUUUACUUACUUUGAUCUCUUACGUUUUUAUCAUCUUGGCAAUCCUGAAAAUAAAAUCUUCAAAGGGCAGAAAGAAAGCUUUCUCGACAUGUGCUUCACACUUAAUCUGUGUCAUAAUUUUUUAUGGGACUUUGAUUUCUUUGUAUGUGAGGCCCACAGCAAAUUAUUAUCCAAAAAGAGACAAGUUUUUUGCCCUGCUGUACAUUGUAUUGAUCCCAAUGCUGAAUCCUCUGAUUUACACUCUAAAGAAUAGAGAAUUUCAAUCUGCCUUUAAUAAACUAAGUACAAAUUACAGUUUUUUCCCAAAAGGGACUAUUAAAACACAAAUGAAAAUAUAA